CAUAUCUUGAAACAUAUAUUGGAUAGAGAUUCACGGCUCCAUCCAAACUCUUCGUUUCCUGCCCUUGCAAGUUGCAACACGCUUCGCUUACAGUGUUCAAGGGAUUACCCCUGCCUAACGUUUCAUUCUCCAAGAUGAUUUCAUCAAGGUGUCUGGCAUUUCAUUCUCCAACGCCUAUGCUCGACGUUUCAUUCUCCAACCCUUUAAAUCUACAUCUAUAUCUUCAACCAUUCUCUUUAGCAAACUCGAACCCCGAUAUCUCCCACCGUCAGAAGCCCUAAACCUCACUCUUGAACCUGAUUUCGAAGAAUUGUACAAGUUGCGCCAUUUUGAAACCAUAAGUUUCGCUCUGCAUUCUGAUUUAAAGGUAAGCAAUUGUUCUUUCAUUAUUUUGGACUUCAAAUUAUGCUUGUGGAUAAUCAUAUUCUUCUAAUUAUGUAAAUAGCAUUUCUUUUUGCACAAACAAACUUAAAAUAAAGAUGUGAUACUGUUAAAAAUAGUCUUAAUUGUUUAUAUAUGAGUAUCUUGAUGUGGUUCAGAGGUUGAUCUCGGGUUCUUGUAUGUUGCUUAUAUCUUGUAUUUGGACCUCGGGUUCAUGUAUGUUGCCUGUAUCUUGUACUUGGUCUGUGUUAAGUUAAUAAUUCGAAUACCGCAUGAUUUAGAAUGUAACUAUUCCAACUUAUGACCAAAUCAUAAUUGUGAUAAAAAAAAAUUACAACACUUCUGCACUUAAAAUCAAUUAGAAAUAGGACUUCCUUCUUUUUUUUUCUUAAAUUUUCUUUUGGUUUCUUUUUAUGUUUAUAAAUUAUUACUUUUAUAAUUUCUAUAUGUUUAUUAUAUUUUUUUUGAAAUUAUGUACAUGUAAAGUACUUCACAAUCGUGAAGACCUUUAUAUUCUCAAGUUCUGAGUUUCUUUUUUAAUGAUAAAAGUACUUACUAAUCAUGAGGACCUCUAUAUUUAUGUAUUUAUUACAAAACAGAACCCAAAUGCUAAAAACGUCAACAUACUUUCGUUUAGUUUUUUGAAAUAGCACCCUACAAAACAUCCCCAAAGUGCUAGAAACAGUAUCAUACUUUUAUAUACUUUUGUGAUAUAGCAUCCUACUUUAUGACAACAUAGUUUCUCUACGAAACAUCCCCAAAGUGCUAUUGCAAGUCCAUUAUUUUCAUGUAUUUAUUUUGAGAUUUGUGUGUGACCUUUUUGCCCCUUUACUGUCUAAAGCAUCUCUUUUUUGUUUGUUUCAUUUGACAUUUAUGUUUUUUUCUUGAUAUAUGUUUGAUACUACAAAACAGCACUCCAAAACCUUAAUUUCUUUUAUUAUAUCUACUGUUAUUUUUAUCUUUGUAUGUUUACAAGGAAGGUAAAUAUGAAAUAUGGGAUAAGAAGUUUAAGAAUUAGGACUUCCUUUUUUUUUCCCUUACAUUUUCUUUUGGUUCUUUUUAUAUGUUUAUUACAAGGAAGGUAAAUAUGAAAUAUGGGAUAUAUGUAACUCAUCAAAAAAUGUAGUUUUUAUAUUUUAUUUGAUAUUUUGUAGAAAAUGGAUCAAUAUUUUCAAGUACAUUGCUUUCGUUCACUUAGUAGUCCGUAUUGCUGGUAUAAGUUUUCAUGCGCCCGGGUUGAUCUCCUAUGGAGGGAUGAUAGAAGAAAUAGAUUAAUCAUCAUUUUAGUUGAUAAAAAUAGAGAAAAAAUGAUGGCUGUCGUUCCUGGCCAUUUUAUGGAAAGAUAUGAAAACAGAAAUAUGGUGGGACGAUUAUUCUCAAUUAAUCAUUUUAAGCUCUAAUGGAAUCCCAAUGGCUGUCCCAAGUAUGAAGGAUAUACUUUUUUUUAUGAUGAAUAUGUGAUUGCUGUUGAUGAAAAUACACAAUUUAUGUCUCUUGAACCAAACCUUGAAAUUCCGUUUCCUGUUUAUCCAUUGGUUAGUUCCAUCGAAACUCUUGUGAGAAUGCAACACCGCCGAAUAUUGAUUGACAUUGUUGGGAAAGUUAUAAGCGGACGUCUUUUAGGCCAUCAUUUUGCAAUUGAAAUGACUCUUCAAGAUCAAUCGGGUUUUGUAAUCAAUCUGAUCUUGAAUCUCACUCCUGAAGCCUCACCUGCUAUGCUUGCUCGAGCAAUUGUAUACCAAUGGGUCAUAUAUGUAUCCCAAGUAAAAUUUUGCGAACAAGGAGGAGUGAAUUAUCUAUUCUCAACAUACAUUUCAAGGGUUUCGUUUCAUCCGAUCAUGACAGAAGCAGAACUUAUUAGGAUUAUGUUAGGAUGAUACAUCUAGGAGGGUUGUGAACUUAUUAGGAAUUUGUUUGGUGAAAGUUUUGGAGGGUUAUUUGUGUUGUUGUUUUGGUUGUUGAACUAUGUUGUUGUUUUUGUUACUUUAUUGUCCUCCAUAUACAUUUUGAGGGUUGUUUUGGCUGUUUUGCUUAUUAAUUUAUGUUAUCUGUUGGAAUCUUGAAACACUAAAUAUAUUAUGUUGAAUUUCUAUUGUUUUUGAUAAUAUUAAGAGUAUUGAACAAAUUAACUUAUGGGAUUGCUAUAAUGUAAAAUGUUGUCUUAUAUUUUUUAUAGCUUGAAAUGAGAAUCGACGACGUUCAAAAUCAAAAUCGUCAAUUUAAAGAAAUUCUUUUAGAUAAUGCGAAAGGUAUGUUCUGCUUUUCAUUAUUGAAUUGAAAAAUAUAUAUAAGAAAUAUGAUAAUAUUACUAAAAUUGUUGCAGAAAAAAGAAAAAUGUACAAUAGGCAAGGUCGAUUUGGAAAAAACAAAAUGCAAAAAGUUGAUAGUGGUGACGCUUCCCAAAGUAGUAAAGAAAAUCGGAAAAAAGUUAAUCAACAAUAUUAUGCACGAAACAAAGAAAAACAACUAGGAAAAGAAAAUAUCAUUCCACAAAGUAGGAAAGAUAUUAACAGAAAUUAUUAUGAACGAAAUAAACAAAAGAAGAUAAUGCUUCUAAGAGAUCAGCAACGACGAAACAAUGAAGAAAACACCCAAAUAUGUUUAGUUUUAACACAUGAAACAUCAAAUGGUUUGUCUUCAAUUUUAUUAUACUUAAACAAUGUUUACUUUAAAUGAACGAUUACAUCUUUUUUAUUUAAUGUUUAAAAUUAAUAUUUUGUUCAUGUAUCAUAAAUACAGGAGCUUGUGGUGAUCCAUACCAUGAUGUUUUCGAUGGUAUCCCCAUAGUCCAUUCUGUUUUAGAGGUAUGCAAUACAUGUAUUCAUUGUGGAGCAAAACGUUUCAAACAUGAAUUUGCCACCUUCUGCUGCAUGAGUGGGAAAACAAAGUUAGCAUCUACCCAUAUUCCGCCAGAGCUAAUGAAAAAGGGAAAAUGUUUAGAGAUAACAUACGUGCUUACAAUACAAACUUUUCUUUCACAUCUAUGGGUGUAGAGUUGGAUGAAGAAUUGGCUAAUAUGAAAUCUGGGGUAUAUAUAUUUCGAGCCAAUGGAACAAUAUAUCACAAAAUCGACCAAUUAGUACCAAGGGAUGGAAAACCUAGGUACUUACAGUUAUAUUUUUAUGACUCUGAAACCGACUUUACGCACAGACUUAAGUGGCCAAAUAUUGAUAAAAACAUCAUUCAAGAUUUGACAAAAGCUCUUGCUACAAAUCCAUAUGUUACAACAUUUCGAAGCCUUCGUGAAUUAGGACCUCUCGAUAACUAUAGAGUCACUUUGAAUGCAUCGGUGGAGCUUGACCAAAGGGUAUACAACCGGCCGACUACAUCUGAGGUCGAUGGUAUUUGGGUAGAAGGUAAUGACAAUAUAACGACAUAUAAAAGAAGCAUUAUUAUAUAUGGGAGGUCUGAGUACAGUACAAAAAUCCAACCUUACGAAGGCUGUUAUGAUCCUCUGUCUUAUCCUUUGUUAUUUCCUAAUGGCGAAUCUGGUUGGCAUUCAAAAAUAGCGAGGGAUGGGGUGUCCGUCAAUGAAGUUGUGGUUGAUGAUGAAAAUAUUGACGAUGAUAUAGAAGGGUCUAACUCGAAAAAGGGUAGGAACAAUGUAACGAUGCGUGAGUAUUAUUGUUACAAAUUCCAGAUCUGUUCAAGUGAUAAUUUGAUAUUAUUGGGGGGAAGAUUACUACAACAAUUUGUGGUGGAUAUCUAUAUAAAGAUCGAGACAUCACAGUUGCUCUUUUGUAGACUAAACCAAAAAAAAAUAAGAUCUGACCUUUACCAAGGAGUUGUCGAUUGUGUCAACGUCGGCGAGACUGAACCAAGUAGAGUUGGACAACGAAUUGUCUUACCGGCAUCUUUUAUUGGAGGACCACGUGACAUGCGACGACGUUUCCUAGAUGCGAUGAUGUUAGUUCAAGAGGACGGAAAGCCUGAUAUAUUUCUUACCGUUACAUGUAAUCCAAGUUGGCCUGAAAUUGUUAAUGAUCUAAAACCUGGCCAAAGUGCUCAAGACUGACCAGACCUUGUAUGAAGAGUGUUUCGUGCAAAACUAGAAGAUCUUAAGGAGUAACUUCUCAAAAAGCAUAUUUUGGGUGUCGUUCGAGCACAUGUUUAUGUGGUAGAGUUUCAAAAACGUGGUUUGCCACAUGCACAUUUCCUCCUGAUAAUGAGACCAGAACACAAGAUGACAAAUCCGGACCAUUAUGAUAAGAUGGUGUGUGCUGAACUUCUCGACCCGAAAAAAUAUCCCAAAAUGCAUGAAAUCGUUGUGAAACACAUGAUGCAUGGUCCUUGUGGUCAUUUACAAGAAUCCAGUCCUUGUAUGCAGGGUGUCCCGACACAAUGUCGGUGGAGAUAUCCUAGACAAUUUAGUGAAGUGAAAACACAAGGAAAAGACUCAUAUCCGUUAUAUCGAAGGAGAAACAAUGGGAUAGAGGUAGAUGUACGAGGAAAUACGCUUGACAAUAGGUGGUUGGUCCCAUAUAAUCCAAAGUUGUUGAUGAUGUUUAAUUGCCACAUGAAUGUCGAGGUUUGCUCGAGCAUAAAAUCAGUGAAAUAUGCUUUUAAGUAUGUUUACAAAGGACAUGACAAACAAGUUGUCCAAAUUGAUCUAGAUGGAGGUGAACCUAUUAUUAAUGAGAUCAAGAUAUAUCAAGAUGCACGUUAUAUCUCGCCUCCAGAGGCAAUGUGGCGAAUUUACAGCUUUGCGCUUUCUCAAAUCCACCCUUUUGUCAUGUCUUUGCAUCUUCAUCUCCCAAACCAACAAUUAGUUAGAUUCUCGGAUAAUGAUAACAUGACUGAUAUUGUUGCUAGGGAGAAAGAUAAGAGUUCAAUGUUGACCGCUUUUUUCGACAUGAAUAAAAAAUACAAGACAGCGAGGAAAUAUUUGUAUAAAGAAUUCCCAAAAUACUAUACGUGGAAUACAACUAUAUGUUGUUGGAAGAAAAGAGAAAAAGGAUCAAUGAGAGGUCGAUUGGUUUCUGCUAACCCCACUGAAGGAGAGCGAUACUAUCUACGAAUACUCCUAUCACUUGUUAGAGGGCCAACAUGCUUUGAAGAUCUUUAUAGGGUGAACAACAUAUUACACCCGACAUUUCGUAAAGCUGCUACUGAGAGGGGAUUAAUAGAGAAUGACGACAAUCUAUCCGAAUGUCUUAAGGAGGCCUCACUUUUUCAGUUUCCAGGGGCUCUUAGAAGGUUAUUCGCCACUAUAUUGAUUUUUUGCGAGCCCGGAGAUGUUCGCAAGUUAUGGGAUGACCACUUUAAAUCACUCUCUGAAGAUUAUAGGCAACAAUGUGAAAGUGUUGAACGAGUUCAAGCUAUGGUACUUGUGGAUAUCCGUAUAGUUUUGCAAUCUAUGGGUAAGGAUCUUGGUGAUUUUGAUCUUCCUAUGCUGAAUACAACCAUCAAUUUAGAAUCUGCAGGAUAUCGCGAGGUCGUAGAGGAGUACUCUAUUGUUAUUGAAGAUGAACACCUCCUUGCUAAAGAUUCUCUCAAUCCCGACCAAAAAAUUGCAUAUGAUGAGAUUAUGUGGCACGUAGAUCAAAAUCUACCAGGCGUAUUCUUCAUUGAUGGUCCCGGUGGAACAGGAAAAACAUUUUUGUACAAAGCCUUGCUUGCCGAGGUUCGUUCUCGUGGUCUAAUUGCACUUGCUACUACUACAUCUGGUGCUGCAGCUAAUAAUAUGCCUAGAGGGAGAACAGCUCACUCGCGAUUCAAGAUUCCAAUCAAUCUUGAAAAUAACUCAAUGUGCAAGAUUGAUCAACAGAGUGGGGCUGCUCAACUUCUUCGUUUAGCUAAAAUAAUCAUAUGGGAUGAAUCAUCGAUGGCUAAUAGGCAAGGAAUAGAAGCAAUGGAUAGAACGAUGCAAGACAUUACAAAGGUGAGCCUCCCUUUUGGUGGAAAGAUAAUGGUAUUGGGUGGUGAUUUUAGACAAGUGUUACCCGUCAUCAGACGUGGCACUCGAGCACAAAUUGUAGACUCUAGCCUACGGAUGUCGCCUCUUUGGCCUUUAAUUAAAAAGAUUCGGUUAACUAUAAAUAUGAGGGCACUCACUGAUCCAUGGUUUUCAGAUUUUUUAAUACAAGUUGGCAACGAAGAUGAAGAAGCUAUCGAUGGAAGUUUUAUCCGAAUACCUGAUGACAUGUCCAUUCCUUACACCGGUGAAGCCAAAUCGAAAGAAGAUUUGAUUAAUGCAAUCUUUCCAUCUUUGCAAAUGAAUGGAGGUUUUUCUGAUUAUAUUAUUUCUAGGGCGAUAUUAUCAACCAAAAAUGAAAAUGUCGACGAAAUUAAUGAUCAGUUGAUCGAUAGGUUCCAUGGAGAGGAAAAGGUGUAUUAUAGUUUUGACAAAGCAGAAGAUGAUAAGAAUGAAUUCUAUCAGAUGGAAUUCUUAAACUCUUUAAAUGUGAGUGGUUUCCCCCCCCCCCCCCCCCCCCCCCCCAUCGCCUUCGUCUUAAAAUUGGAUGCCCUAUAAUGUUGUUACGAAAUAUUGAUCCUUCUAACGGUUUAUGUAAUGGCACGAGAUUGAUAUGCAAAGGUUUUCAAACGAAUGUCAUCGAUGUAGAAAUAGCCGUUGGUCAUCAUGCUGGAAAAUGAGUAUUCUUGCCAAAAAUUCCUCUUUGUCCAUCUGAAGAUGACAUGUUUCCAUUCAAACUGAAAAGAAAAUAGUUUCCAAUUCGGCUCGGCUUUGCUAUGACAAUUAAUAAAGCUCAAGGUCAGACAAUUCAAAAUGUUGGUGUUUUUCUACCUGAAUCAGUAUUUUCUCAUGGACAACUUUACGUUGCGCUCUCCAGAGGAAUAUCACGUGACAAUACAAAGGUCUUACUGAAGCCUACUAAAGAUUUUAACCAAACUGGAGUUUACACAUCAAACGUGGUGUAUCGACAAGUCUUACAUGAUAUGUAAAAUACAACUUUGUAUGGAUAUUAUUGAUAUGGUUUUGAAUGUAAUGACAUUUGUCGAUGAUUA